AUGGGGUUGCACAAACAGAAGAAGCAAGUGAACGUGAUCUGUAAAGACCAGCUGUGCUUACAAGGAACUGCCAACAGCCAUGGCUACUACAUGGCACAGGCUCUGCGCUACGCUGUGGAGGAGAUCAACAGCGACAGUCAGCUCCUGCCUGGCAUCACUCUCGGCUACCAGAUGUAUGACACUUGCUCGCUUCGAGCUAGUAUUCUGGGCACGGUGACCCUCUUAGCCCAGCAGUAUAACAGAGAGAAAGUGGAGCCUCGAGCGAUCGUUCUCAUCGGACCAGACAGCAGCAGCUACAGUUUCACUCCAGCUGCUGGACUCGGUGCCUUUCUGAUGCCUGAGAUCUCAUAUGAAGCUUCAAAUGAAAUGCUGAGCAACAAACAGCUAUACCCAUCUUUCUUUCGCACCAUCCCCAGUGAUAAAAACCAGGUGAAAGUCAUGCUCGAGAUUCUUGCGAGAUACAACUGGACCUGGAUAGCCCUUCUCGGGAGUGACAAUUCUUAUGGCUUGCAGGGAAUGUUGAGCCUGUCUCAGCAAGCAUCAGAUUUCAAUAUCUGCGUCGCAUAUCAAGCAGUGAUUCCUAAUCUUCAAGCUGACACACAGUCACGGAUGCAAGACAUUGUCAAGAAUAUCAUCAAAACCAAAGUGAAUACCAUUGUAGUGUUUUCCAGCAAGAGAAUAGCCAGAGGGUUUUUCUCAUUUGUAAUAGAGCAGAAUGUGACGGGGAAGGUGUGGAUCGGGUCUGAGGACUGGUCCGUGGCACCCUUAGUGUCUGGCAUCCCAGGAAUCAGUACAAUUGGAACUGUCUUGGGCGUGUCUGUAAAAUAUACACCUUUUAAUGGGUUCCAAGAUUUUGUGAACCAGGCCAUAGCUAAGCUUCAACACAUCAGUGUUGAAAACAGUUCCAGUGAAAUGAGCGUCCCAUGCUUACAGAAUACAGACCUGUACAAAAUGGCAUCUGCACAAUAUCCUCUGUCAAACUACGAUAUCGCCUCUUCGUUUAAUGUGUAUCAGGCGGUAUAUGCAGUGGCUCAUGCAUUGCACCAGGCUCUCAGGUGUGAUUCUGAAAAAUGUCAGAACACUGAAAUACAGCCAUGGCAGCUCUUCCAAUAUUUAAAACGGGUACGGAUUUCCAUCAGAAACACAACGCUAUAUUUUGAUGAGCAUGGAAACCCGCCAACAGGAUAUGACAUUGUUGCAUGGAAAUGGAUUAAUCAAACAUGGUCCCUCAGAGUGGUGGGAUCAUUUCUUACAGAGCCCCCUAGUCUUCAGAUAGACGCUUCACAGAUGCAGUGGAUGCCUGAAUCACGCUGUUCCCCAGACUGUCCCUAUGGGCACAGGCAACUGCAGAUUGGACAACACAAAUGCUGUUUCAAGUGCAUAGAAUGUCCUGCUUCCACUUUCCUCAACAAAACUGGCUCUACUAGCUGCCAGCCCUGCAACAAAGAUUAUUGGUCUCCAUCUGGGAGUGAGGACUGUUUACAGAGAACAGUUCUGUACCUGCGAUGGGAUGCUCCAUUGGCCAUUGUUCUCCUGGUUCUUCUGGCACUGACGCUGCUGCUCACCCUGGGCACUGCUCUUAUCUUCCUACUCAAACUGAACACCCCUGUGGUAAAGUCUGCAGGUGGCAGGACAUGUCUGCUGAUGUUGUUGGCUCUGACUCUAGCUGCCUGCAGCUCAUUGUGCACUUUCAGCAAGCCCUCUCGAGCAUCCUGCCUGUUCAGAAAGUCCUUGUUCAUCUUCUGUUUCACUGUCUGCCUGACCUGCAUGACUGUCCGUGCCUUCCAGGUGGUGUGCAUAUUCAAGUGGUCUGCAAAGCUUCCCAAGUUCUACGAUAUCUGGGUCAAAAAUCGAGGCCCUGAUAUCUUCAUCGUGGUCACCUCUUUGGUUGAGCUCCUCAUCUUUGUUCUCUGUACAAGCUUAAGUACACCUCUCCCCUCAGCGGACUAUGACUUCUAUUUUGACAGCAUUAUAUUAGAGUGCAGUGAAAGUGUGUCUGUGGUGCUUCCACAGUUUCUGUAUUUCUUUAUACUGACUGUAAUAUGUUUUUGUUUGAGCUACAUGGGUAAAGACCUACCAGCAAAUUACAGUGAGGCCAAGUGCAUUACAUUCAGUCUGAUGGUCUAUAUCAUCUCUUGGAUCACUUUCUUCACCACCUAUAGUGUUAACAGAGGAACUUUAGCUAUGGCCUUGGAGGUGGUUGCCAUUCUUUUUAGUGUUCUUGGAGUACUUGGUGGAUACUUUUUGCCUAAAGUGUACAUCAUUUUAUUACAACCAAAAAAGAAUACCACUGCUCACUUUCAAAAUUGUAUUCAAAUGUAUACCAUGGCUAAACAGUGA